GUCCGGAGGGGAAUGAUGUCUGUGCCCCCCCGUGCCAUGGUGGCCGUGGCCCAGGUGACCUCGACCCCGGACAAGGAGCAGAACUGGUGCCAGUGCUCGGCGCUGGUGCGGGAGGCCGCGGGCCGGGGGGCCCGGCUCGUGUUCCUGCCCGAGGGCUUCGACUUCAUCGGGCACGGCCCCGAGCAGAGCCUGAGCCUGGCAGAGCCCCUGGACGGGCACACCGUGGGCAGGUACCGCCAGCUGGCCAGGGAAUG